AUGGCGGCAGUAUGUGCUCUAGCGCUAUUAGACGAUACCGCAAAACUGACCAAUAACGACUACAUAGGAUGGACUAUUGGCGAAAGCAACACCCCGUUCUAUAAUGGCCAAUAUCUCGCCGACGCAGAGGAUAUCAUAGUCGUCACACUGAACUACCGCGUCAACAUCUUCGGCUUCCCAGGCGCUCCCGAGGGACCUAAAAAUAUCGGCUUGCUCGAUCAACGUCUCGCCGUGGAAUGGGUACGCCACAACAUCCGUGCCUUCGGAGGUGAUCCAAACCGCAUCGUGAUCAUGGGCCAGUCGGCCAGCGCCGCUGCCGUGGACUUUUGGUCCUACGCAUACACUCAGGAUCCCAUUGUUACCGGUUUGAUCUCGCAUUCCGGGAACGCCUUCAGCUUUCCAACUAACUCCGAAGAGCUUGCUGCGCGGCAUUGGUUCAAUGCAUCGGCCACGCUUGGUUGCGGGUCCAUCGGAGAUUUGAUGGCCUGCAUGAGAAGCAAGCCCUUCCCGGAGAUCCUGGCUGCUGCUGCGGCAGUAAGGCCACCUGCGGCAGCGAGCCCGGCGCGUGCGCAGGCGGCCUUCCAGGCGACCGUCGAUAAUCAGCUAGUGUUCGCACCUGAGACGUAUGCCCACUUGUCGUCUAGUGGGAAAUUUGCUCGACUGCCAUACCUAGCGGGGAACACCGACAACGAAGCUGGUUACUAUAGAGUAACUGCCUUCGGGCAGAACGUCACUCUUAGCAACGCGGCAUGGAAUGUCUUCAACCUCGAAGCUUUUACAUGUCCACAUACAUAUGAGGCCAACAACCGCGCCAAGUAUGGGGUACCGACGUGGCUGUUCCGUUACUUCGGAGACUUUGAUAACCUCCGCCUGUACCCAAACAGCUCAGCCUACCACGGUUCGGAUCUUCACAUGGUGUUUGGCGGCUCGGAGGACGUCAGCGGCUUACCUGACUCGCCUGCUGAACGCGAGACUCGAGCGCUCGUGAUGCGCGCUUGGGCAACUUUCGUGAGAAACCCGAGGGAAGGAUUGAGAACGGAAUUGGGGUGGCCGGAAUAUAACCGCGAGGGUACGUUGCUCUCCCUCCAGUUUUCUUCUCCCGCGAUAUAUAGUGUCAACGCAUCGUUUGCCGCGAUCGCCUCUCUCUAG